CUACUUGCGAAGUGAUGUAAAUGAAGUCUAUAUAGUUAAAUCGAAAUCUCCUUUUAAUAAAAGUAAAAAAAAAAAAAAAUGCUUAACGUUCCUGAAGAAACGCCUGUAGAAUUAACAGAUAACCAUAAAAUAGCACCAAUGGAAGUAUCGGCUCAAUUUCUUUUUGCUGUCAUGAAUAAAGAUUACAAAGUGGCUCAAAAACUUUGUGAUAAGUUGCUAGAAUUGGAACCUGAAAACAAGAUUUGCCUAGACUUUAAAGAAGUUUUAUUAAAUUCAAGCUUACUUGAUGAUAGCGAUGAAAGUAGCAAUGAAGACAUUACUACCGAAGACGAUACUGAUAGUUCUUCCUUUGAUGAAGUUGAUCAAGAUGAUGAAGAAAGUGACUCUAAUGAAGAUGAUGAAUCAGAAAGUGAUUGCUCUGAGGAAGACAGUAGUGACGACGAGUUAACUGUUGAAGAAGUCAACAAGUUAAAUUUAAUUAUAGGUGGUCUUAAAGUAAAAUAACAAUUAUUAUACUACGAUUUUUAUUAGUUUUCUGUUAUUUAGAGAAAGAGUUUGUAAGUAUUUUGGUACUAAUUUGUAAAUAUGUGUAUAUAUAUAAAUUUAGUUGAGAAUCGGUAUUCUUAAUAAGUAUAAUAUUUGUUUAUUGGGUAUAAAUUAUUGUGGUAUGUCUUUGUUUAUACUUUACAUAAAAAAGAUUUUCUGAUUGGUA